AUGGGGGUUCAUUUCUCAUUCGUAAGGCAUAACCAGGGCAGAAACUGGAGGAGCCUUAACUUUAAUCAGGAAUGUUGGGUGAUUUUGAUGGGGCUGCCAGAGGAUUAUUGGGAGGAUGAGUUUAUUGACACUGUUCUCAGACCUUUUGCCCGAACAAUAAGAUGGGAUAGUGACCCUGAUCAACUUACUAGGCUGAUUAUUAGGGCAAGGGUGGUUGAUUUGGAAUCCAUUCCACAUUUCUCUGUCUUCUUUGAUGGGCCAGGAUACAAUGGCCAGUCUUGGACAGUUCAAUGUGAGAUCCUACAGCAUGAGCAUCUGGGUGUUGAUCCCUCGGAUGACGAACAAGUACCGCAGCUCCUAGAUGAUGGUCCUCCAUUGUUUGAGUUUUUUGGAUUGGGUCAACAAGUGGUCGCUCCAAUUGCUGCCCAUGAUCCACUGCCUAAUAUGGAGGCAAAUCUGAAUGAGCAGGAAGAGCAGAACAUUCAGGUUUAG